AUGGUUGGAACAAUGGAGGAAACAAGCAGGAUCCCUGGGUACUUCAAGAACAAGGGCAUCCUCAUCACUGGCGCAACAGGCUUCCUUGGAAAGAUACUCGUGGAGAAGAUACUGAGGGUCCAGCCGGACGUCAAGAGGAUCUACCUCCCCGUGCGUGCGCCGGAUGCAGAAUCGGCCAAGAAACGGGUGGAGACUGAGGUGAUCGGGAAGGAGCUGUUUGGGCUUCUCCGGGAGACGCAUGGCAAGGGGUUCCAGUCCUUCAUCGAGGAGAAGGUCGUCCCGUUGGCCGGAGACAUCAUCCACGAGAACCUGGGCGUGGAGGGGCCCCAGCUGAGCCAGAUGACUCAGGAGCUCAACGUCAUCGUCAAUGGAGCUGCCACAACAAACUUCUACGAGAGGUACGACGUGGCCCUGGAUGUGAACGUGAUGGGAGUGAAGCAUAUCUGUCAGUUGGCCAAGCAGUGCCCCAAUCUCGAGGUCGUGCUCCAUGUCUCCACGGCCUAUGUGGUGGGCGAGAAGCAGGGGGUGAUCCUGGAGCGGGCGUUCAAGCAGGGCGAGACGCUGCGGGAGACGGAGGCGGAGCUGGACAUCCACGCGGAGCUGCGGCUGGCCAGGGACUACCAGCGGCAGGUCGCCGGCGACGACGCGGAGCAGAAGAACGAGCGGAAGGCCAUGAAGGAGCUGGGCCUCGCCAGGGCCCGGGAGUUCGGCUGGCCCAACACCUACGUCUUCACCAAGGCGCUCGGGGAGAUGAUGCUGGCGCGGGAGCUCGCCGGCGGCGUCCCCGGCGUGAUCGUGCGGCCCAGCAUCAUCACCAGCAUCCAGAAGGAGCCGCUGCCCGGGUGGGUCGAAGGCACCAGGACCAUCGACGCCAUCCUCAUCGGCUACGCCAAGCAGAGCCUCUCCUGCUUCCUGGCCGACCUCCAGCUCACCAUGGACGUGAUCCCCGGGGACAUGGUGGUGAACGCGAUGAUGGCCGCGACGGUGGCGCACGCGUCGUCGUCGGCCCCGGCCGACCAGCAGAAGACGACGACGACGCCGACGGUGUACCACGCGACGUCUUCCCUCCGGAACCCUGCGCCGUACGCGGUGCUGUACCGGACGGGGCUGCGGUACUUCAGCGACCACCCGCGCGUGGGCAAGGAUGGCCGCCCCGUGCGCACCCGCAAGGUGCACUUCUUCGGCACCGUGGCCGGGUUCACCGCCUACAUGGUGCUCCGCUACAGGCUGCCGCUGGAGCUGCUGCGCCUGCUCAGCCUGCUCUGCUGCGGCCUCCUCUUCUCGCGCCUCUACGCCGACCUGGACCGCAAGUACAGGUUCGUCAUGCGCCUCGUCGACCUCUAUGGGCCCUUCGCGCUCUUCAGGGGCAUCUUCGACGACGCCAACGUGGAGAGGCUCAGGAUGGCCAUGCCCGUCGCCGACCGGGUGGAGUUCAACUUCGACCCCAAGACCGUCGACUGGGACGACUACUUCUACAAGAUCCACAUCCCAGGGGUCAUGAAGUACGUGCUCAACUAG